AUGAAUUCUCUGAAACUCCCAACAAAGCUGGGGGAUAAGGGCCUGACAGAAUUCCACUGGUUACAAUCUGAACCAUUCACGGUGGAAGUUGAUGGAGGAACAGAGGUAACAUAUGAACCAACAGAAGGGUACUAUAAGGGCUGUAUGAGUGUCCAGAGGGGCUUCAUCUCGGCAGAAGACAACAAGAGUCCGAAGCCGAACAAGAAAGCCGCCGCUCCAGACCUAUACAAGUUAUCAGACGUAUAUUUUCUGGAAUGGCAGAGGCAAGCUGCCAACAGCAGAAAUAUCAAGCACCUUAAGUACUUUCUUCGGUUCCAUAUCGUCAAUACCGAUACCAAGAGAAUUAUCAGUCAGGCUACGGGAAACAAUGUCAAGGUAUGGCCAGGGGAUAUGUUUGGUAUUGAGACCGAUGAAGGGAAGGCCCUUCUGGCCACUCCCAAUGGGAUAGGAGUGGCCUACUUCCUUAUCAACCAUAAGCCAGAGCUGGGAGUUAAGACAGUAGAGAAAGUCCAGGUCUGGCGACAAGAAGAUGAUCCGGAGUGGUUUAAUAUGCUCUUCUACAUCAGCCAGCCUCAGAGAUAG